AUGGCUUCCAGAAGCGCACCCGUGCGCCGACUCCUGUCUUCAGGCACCUUUUCUUCCUCGCCAUCUGGUCUCCGCAUCAUAUCCCAUCGCACACCUGCGCGCAGUUUCCAUGGCACAUUCAUGCGCCAGACUGAUGGCGUGUUCAGCGGCUUGACUGAUUCACGCCCUCAAGUGCCCUGGAUUGAAGCUUUAAAGCAACAACAGGAGGGCAAACCUCCAGGCGGAAGCAGCCAAAAGCCUGUAGAGCGAGACAUGAGCCCCAAGAAGAUGAGCGAUAGCUACCACAGAGUCGUGCUGCCUCUAGGCCGUGAUCCUUCGCUCAGUAAUACAUACAUCAACUCGUCGGGGCAUAUACGGUUAGGAUCGCUUUUCAUGGACUUGGACGCACUAUCGGGUGUUGUCGUCUACAAGCACACGGGGCCCGGUGUCACGACAGUGACGGCAGCGCUAGACCGAAUUACGAUCGCCCACCCGCUCACCGAGAUAUGCGACCUCGAAUACAGCGGCCAAGUGACGUACGCGACGGGCAGGAGCAGCGUCGAGGUAACCUGCAAGGUUGCGCGGGCUCGCGAUGAGGGCGAGCCCAGCAAGCCCGAAGACGUCCUGUUGACAUGCACCUUCACCAUGGUAGCACUAGACCCAGAGACGAAGCGCCCGACCAACAUCCCCAAGCUGAUCUGCGAAACCGCCGAGGAAAAGGAUAUCUAUCAAACCGGCGAGGCAAAAGCUCUCGCGAAGAAAGAGAUGUUGAAGAAAUCACUGCUCGAAACAGAACCCAACGACCCGGAAUCAGCACUAAUCCACAAGAUCUGGCUCCGGCAGGUCGCAUACCACGACCCGACGAAUUCCCUCCGGCAGCCGAGCAACGUAAUCGCUAUGUCGAAAACCGUCCUCUCAACUGCCAAUAUAAUGCAGCCCCAAUACCGCAACCGGCACCAAACCAUGAUCUUCGGCGGUUUUCACCUAAAGCAGACCUUCGAACUAGCCUUCUGCUGCGCCGCCUCGUUCGCGCACGCGCGGCCAACAUUUAUAUCCGCUGAUCCAUGCACAUUCCGGAAUCCCGUUCCAGUCGGCAGCGUCUUGUACUUGACCGCGACAAUCGUCUACACAGACCCUCCUCUCCUCGGCGAAGACGGGCACGAGCCCGCGCAGCGCGAUCCGUCGUCCCCCUUAACGCGGAUCCACGUGCGCGUGGAUAGUAAGGUGCGGGACGUCGAGCACGGGUUCGCGCGGCCUACGGGACAGUUCAAUUACACGUUCGCCGUGCCGAAGGACGUGCGGGUGCUGCCGCAUACGUAUCAGGAGUUCAUGAUGUACGUUGACGCUAGGCGGCGCGUGCAAGCUGGCGAUGCGCAGGAUCGGGAGGAUCAUCUCGAUGUUGAUUCGCGGCGGCGAUUUAGACGGGUUGAGGAUGUCAAUGUGACUGAGUAG